CUAAAAAUUUAUCUCACAACAAUAUUUUUUUCAGGACAAGGGUGAAGUGAAGGAAAGCAUUUUUGUUUCUAAAACAAGUAGGGCAGCCUCUUCAAAUACAGGAGAGAAAAAUCAAUUAAUUUUCUGCCACAUGUCAUUGUUUGAAUGGGUAGAGCAUUUUUGUAGGCGUUUAUAACUUUAUUUUAUGGCUUAUUACGGAGUACUUUACUUGUGUUCACAUCUCCAAUACCGACCUUCAAUCGCCCCCUAUCAUCCCAAACCCACUCUUUAAAAAUCCCGCCGUCCACUUCCCCCUUGAAAUUCAUUCAAUUCUGGUCCUCCGACGCUGCACGACGCUCAGACCAGAUGUGUUCAUUACAAAGAAGUGGUAAUAUUUUUAUCCUAACCCUAACCGGUUCCGGUGAGCACAGAUUCAAUCCUCAGCUUCUAGAUUCUAUUCGAUCCUCUCUUCGUCAAGUCCGCUCCGAUGUUGAAUCCGCCGUCUCCACCGACAGUUCCUCUAAUUUUGUCCUAAUUACCACCGCAGAAGGUAAAUUCUUUUCCAAUGGCUACGAUAUCGAUUGGGAAAGAACCUCAAUGAAUCAAAUGAUUCUCAUGGACGAUAAAUUGAAAUCCGUCGUAUCUGACCUAAUCACGCUUCCGAUGCCGACGAUCGCUGCUGUUUCCGGCCACGCGUCGGCCGCCGGCUUUAUUUUCGCGAUGAGUCACGAUUACAUCGUGAUGAGGAGAGAUCGUGGAUUUCUGUACAUGAGCGAACUCGACAUUCGUCGAGUGAUUCCGCAAUGGUUUGCGGUUUUGGUUAAAAGCAGAAUCGGAUCGGCGGCGGUUCGACGGGAGGUUGUUUUGAAAGCGCCGAAACUGACGGCGGAUAAGGCUUUGGAAUUGGGGAUUAUUGACUCUGCCCACGAUGGCGCGGAGGAGACCGUUGCGGCUGCCGUGCGAUUGGGGGAGGAUUUGGUGGCGAGGAAAUGGGACGGCCACACUUAUGCCGGCAAUCGGAUGGAGCUGCUGUCUGAGGUUCUGAAUGUCAUCGGAGCACGUUGUUCCGUCGCAAAGCUUUGACGGUUUGGGAAACCGUGAGAGUGGCAGGUGAUGGGUGGCUUUUAUCGUUUAUAUCAUUUGAAUUAAACUAAUAAAGUAUUUGUAAAAGGAUAGGAUAAAGUUGUUGGAUAAAUGGGAAAAUAUAGAAAGAUGAAAAAUAAGUAUUCCUAAAAAGAUAUAUUAAGAAAGAUAAGUUAAUACUAUUUUUCAAGUAAAAAUAUUUGAAUUUGAAA